CCACCACCCCCAUCACCCAUCCCUCCCUUCCACCUUGCUUUCUAGACGUAGCCUCCCCUACCUUUCCCCCUUAGAUACAUCAAAAUGCCUCUCAGGGAUUUUGACGCCAAGAAGUUCGGAGGUAUUCCUCUGGACCAGUACAAGCCCGUUCCCGGCUUGACGCUCCAGUCGACGUCGCUCAACGCCGAGCAGAAGAAGCAGCUCCAGUUCAACAUCAACCUGCUCCGUGACUCGAUUGUCUUCUUCACGGCAUCGGGUGCUGCCCACGGUGUCUCGGGCCACACCGGCGGACCAUACGACAUGGUCCCCGAGGCCACAAUUCUCCUGUCGCUCUUCGAGAACGAAAAGGGCAAGUUUGUUCCCACUCUCUUCGACGAGGCUGGACACAGAUCUGCCCUUGUUUACCUGCGAUGUGCCCUGGACGGCCACAUCAAGGCUGAGGACCUCCUCAACUACCGUCGUGCACACAAGGAGGGCGGCCCACCGGGUCUUCCCGGCCACCCCGAGGCCCGCUUCACGCCCGGUGUCGAAUUCUCCUCUGGCCGUCUGGGUCACCAGUGGCCCCUGACCAACGGUGUGGCCAUGGCCAACCCUGAGAAGAUCACGAUCCUCCUCGGCUCUGACGGUUCGCAGCAGGAGGGCAACGAUGCCGAGGCUGCCCGUCUCGCUGUCGCCCAACAGCUCAACAUCAAGCUUUUCAUCGACGACAACGAUGUCACGAUUGCUGGCCACCCUUCGCAAUACUUCCCCGGUUUCUCUGUUGAGAAGACCCUCCAGGGACACGGUCUCGAGGUCUUCCACGCCGAGGGCGAGAACCUCGACUCGCUCUUCCCGGCCCUUAUGAACACGCUGCGCGCAAAGGGCCCUGUGGCUCUCAUUUCGAAGCGCCCCAUGUGCCCUGGCAUCAAGGGUCUCGAGGGCGAGACGCACGGCCACGAUGUUAUCCCCGUCGACAAGGCCUGCGCCUACCUCGAGGAGAAGGGGUACAAGGACGCUGUUUCGAUCCUUCAGGGCCUCAAGCCCGACCCCAGCCCGCUUAAGUUCAUUGGAUCGAGCAAGGACAAGGGAGCGAACCGAAGCACCUUCGGCGAGGCUGUCAACGGUGUCCUCGACAAGACGAGCCCAGAGGAGAACAAGAAGAAGAUUGUCGUCAUUGACUCGGACCUGGCUGGCUCCACUGGUCUGGCUGCCAUCAAGAAGAAGCACCCUGAGGUCUUCAUUUCGUCUGGUAUCUGCGAGCGCGGCAACUUCUCCGCUGCCGCUGGUUUCGGCUCGUACCUUCCCGACGGCGUCUACCGCACAGGUGUCUUCUCUACCUUCUCGGCCUUCCUCGAGAUGUGCAUCUCUGAAAUCACCAUGGCUCGCCUCAACUUCUCCAAUGUUCUCUGCCACUUUUCUCACUCGGGUGUCGACGAGAUGGCCGACAACACCUGCCACUUUGGCCUCAACAACUUCUUCGCCGACAAUGGCCUCCAGGACGCCUACGUGACCCGGCUCUACUUCCCUGCUGACCCGCAGCAGAUGACGGCCGUCGUUGAGCGUGUCAUCUACGAGGAGGGCCUCCGCUUCAUCUUCUCGACCCGUGCCAAGGUUCCCUGGAUCACCAAGGAGAACAGCGAGGAGCGUUACUACGGUGCCGACUACAAGUUCGUCCCUGGCAAGGACGAGUUCAUCCGCUCGGGCAAGAAGGGUGUUGUCGUCACUUUCGGCGACAUGGUCUACCGCGCCGUCUCGGCCGUUGACCAGCUGCGUUCCGAGGGCCACGAGAUUGCCCUCGUGAACAAGUCAACGCUCAACGUUGUUGACGAGGAGGCGCUCAAGGAGUACGGCUCCUACCCCUUCGUCCUCGUCGUCGAGUCGCUCAACGAGAGGACCGGUCUUGGCGCCAGGAUGGGCUCUUGGCUGCUCAACAGGGGCCUCACGCCCAAGUACAACCACAUGGGUGUCAACAAGGAGGGCGCCGGUGGUCUCUGGGAGCAGAUGCUCGCCCAAGGCCUUGGAUCUGACGACAUCUACAAGAAGGUCAAGGAGCUCAUGGGCUAAAUUGGUGGCUAGAGCUCUUCGAGACUCUAUAUACUCUCUCUCGCCAAUGUAAAUGGGAAUGACUAACGGUAACGAUGGAAUUGUGAUAUUCUUUGACUCGAUUGCUGGAUUGAGAUUUCUCGCGCUGCCGGACGAUCGCCAUGGUGCAUGCUACCCCGCAUCUGCACUGGACAGCGAUCCCGUCCAGCGAGAAUUUUUGGCACACAAAGCAGCUGUAAUUCUAAUCUAGUGGGGGG